GUCUCCGACAUGGCUCAGGAGAAAAUGGAGCUGGACUUUGAGUCUGACACAUCUGAUGGGGUCACCCUGAGGAGAUCCAACAGCGCUCCCCUGAUCCAUGGGCUCAGUGACCUUUCACAGGUUUUUCAACCUUACACGUUUAGAACUCGGAGGAAUAGUACUACCAUCAUGAGCCGUCACAGUUUGUUGCUGUCAUCCUCACCUAAUCGGAUUCCUAGCAGCCGACUGCAUCAAAUCAAACGGGAGGAAGGCAUGGAUAUGAUGAACAGAGAAACUGCACAUGAAAGAGAAGUGCAAACUGCAAUGCAGAUAAGCCAAUCAUGGGAUGAGAGCUUGAGCCUGAGUGAUAGUGAUUUUGACAAGCCAGAGAAAUUAUAUUCUCCCAAAAGGAUCGACUUCACUCCGGUUUCUCCAGCACCAUCACCCACCAGAGGAUUUGGAAAGCAGUGUUUUUCACCAUCCUUACAAAUGUUUGUGAGCAGCAGCGGGCUGCCACCAAGUCCCGUUCCUAGUCCAAGGCGCUUUUCCAGCAGGAGAAGCCAGAGUCCAGUCAAGUGCAUUAGGCCCAGUGUUCUUGGUCCUCUUAAAAGAAAAGGUGAAAUGGAGACCGAAAGCCAGCCCAAGAGGCUCUUCCAAGGCACUACCACUAUGCUGUCUCCGGAGGCUGCACAAUUGUCUGAUCUCAGUUCAUGUUCAGAUAUUUUGGAUGGCAGUAGUAGCAGCAGUGGCUUGUCCUCAGACUCACUGGCUAAAGGCAGCACAACCGCAGAGGCUCCAGUAGCAUGCUCCAAUUCAUGCUCUCCGUUCAUCUUGAUGGAUGAUCUCUCACCCAAGUGGUGUUAUCAAGGAGAAGAAAUUCCUGCCUUGACCAGAUGUGUGGAGCAUCUACAAAUGAAUGAAUAAUGUUAUUUACACACAAACCACUGUGUAGAAAAGUGUACACGGAGCUUGACAGCUUGUCUUGGGUGGUAUAAUGAGGCCUGAGGGGCCUUGGGGUUCAGUGUCAUGCUGUAAAGAUAUACAUCAUAAGGUAGGAUAGAAAAGGGGCUUUAUGUGUCUGAUUGCCACAUGCCGUUUUGAUUGCUGCUUCUUUCUGAUUACUUUUUCGUCAUUGGAGUUGUUUGUUUUGUUGUGUGGUGAGUGGUGUUGUAGACUGUAUUUUGGCUAUUGUGUUGUCCCCAGAAUCAGAGUCCAAUUCUUAUACAUGCUGCCUUAUAGGAAGUGCAGUUUAAUAUCUACGAGGAAGCUUUUAGGAACUGCCAAAGUCAAUGUCAUUGUGCAUUUUGCUUUUAAGAAGCUGUUUGAGCUGUCAACAGUGUCCAUGAUAGUAAGUCUGUGGUACCAUAAGUUAUUUAACGUUUAAAAGAGGAAAAUCCCGAUAGAGCUAUUUUAAAAACCUGAGUGUAAUCUAUUGCCAUGUUAUUUAUUAUUUAAAACUGUGUGCAAAAUGUCUGUUGUGAUAGAUUUCUUUUAAUGUGCAGACAUUGUGGUUGGAUUGUCUGUAUUUAACAUGCAAAUUUGCCUGCUAGGACCAUAAUAUUCCAUUUUUAAGUGAAUGUAAGAAAUGAAAACUACUGCAUUUGUGUCUUUUGAAGGCAAAGGUCGUUGAAUUUUAAAGGAAGAUUAUUAUGUGCUUUGAGGGUACCCACAGACUAGUAAUACUGUAGGGCUUGAAGGGAAACCUAUUCUCUCUGAAUUAUAAGAGAGCAUCACUUAGCUUGCAGUAAGUAGUUCUGUUGUAGCAUCAGCUGUGUUGUUUAUUUUAAAUUGUGAUAACUGCCAUAAUGGCCAUUAAUGGCUUUAUUUCUCACAUUGGCUUUCACCUGUGCAAAGUCCAUAAUCCUUCAAACCUAACAUGAAUGUAUAUAUUAUGAAGAUUGUUCUCUAGUAUGUCAUUUUAAAGAAAAAUUACAUCAGUGGUAUGCAGUGUAUUUAUUCUGUUUGUGAAAGAACCAUGUUAAAAGUCUCUGCCUAUAUAAUACUGAGAGAUGGUUUUCUCCUGUAGGGUAUUUAUCCACCAGCUCUCUACUGUCUUCUUUGCCUUAAAGGGACACUUUUGGCCAUCAUUUUUGGCUCUAAUUUAGGACUCUUAAGACAUAACCUUUAGAAUGUAACGAUAUUUAAAUUUAUUUUUGAAAUUCAGCCGUGGGGUAGAAUUGGUUCAGGAAAAUGAAACUGUUCCUCUGUCAUGAGAACUAGGAGGCAAGGUAACUGACUUUACUGUUUAAGCCAAGGUUCAUUUUUAUUGUUUAAAGUGACUAGAAAGUUAAGUUUGUGCAGGGGUUGUUUCGGAUUACAUUAAAGAUAGAGAUGCUAACCUUCAGGUGAGCUUUGUUGACAGUACUUUAUUUUUAUAUAAAGUCUAAUAUUUGAAAAGUGACCAUUGUUACAAAGUAAAAUUCUCUCUUCCUAUUCGAAUAUUAUAUCAUGUUUCAGGCUUCUAUUUGAAAACAAGUAUAAGAGAUGAUAUGAUAAGAAAAUUUAAUAGAUGCUCUUUUUGCUUGACUGACAUAUAAUCACUGUGUUUCAUGAUAACUGCUUUUGGAAUAAUAAUAAGUUUUGUGAACUGCUGACCUUGUGUAUAUCUUAGAAUGCAAAUUUAAUAAAGUGUGUACACAUGCAUAAAAUUCUGUAACAUUUUUAAGCCUAUCCAUAUCCCAGUAUUGCAUUCUCUGUGUCUAAUUGCAGUCAAGUUUUGAAUAAAAG